AUGAAUGAACCAGUAGGAAUUCCAUUAAAACAAAAUAGAGACAAAUCAAUACCAAUCAUUGAAUGCAUUUUACUAAGUGGUUAUCAAGAAAUUCCUUUAAGAGGCAGUUUUGAUUUUGGUCCAAUAAAUGUUAAAAAUUCAACUCACAAUGAAGUUGACAAAGUUAAUGAAUCUAAAUGUUUUUCGGUCAUGGCUGAUGAAACCAUAGAUGUGUCGGUGUCAGAACAGCUGACAAUAUGUGUGCGCUAUUUAAGUGGUACUGGUUCAAACAUUGAAAUCAAUGAAGAUUUCUUAAAGUUUUAUGAAAUCAGCAGUUUGACUGGAAAAGAUUUGGCGUCAUCAAUCCUUAAUGGACUAAAUUCAUGUGGGCUUGAUUGUGACUUUUUGUACAGCCAAGGAUAUGACGGUGCAGCAAAUAUGGCUGGUCAAUUUAAAGGCGCUCAAACAAUUAUACGAUCUAAACAUCCAAAAGCCUUGUAUGUCCAUUGUGCUGCGCAUUCUUUAAAUUUAGCUGUUUCGUCUGCAUGCAAUAUGCAGUCUAUAAGGAACUGCCUUGGAAUAAUUGAAAAAUAUUAUUGUUUUUUUAAUUUUCCUAAACGAAACAAUGAACUUUUAGAAGUUAUUAAUAAUGGUGAUUGGGAACCAAAAGUGAAAACUUUAAAACGUCUGUGUAUGACAAGAUGGGUACAACGUUAUGACGCUAUCAAUGAUUUCAUUGAGCUAUUUCCAUGUGUAACAACUGCACUUAGUAACAUAUUAGAAUGGAAUGACAGUUCAAGUACUGAUGCAAAUAUGAUGUUAAAAGCAAUAGAUUCAGAAUUUCUUGUGUCUCUUCAAGUUAUUAAAGUAUUAUUUUCAUUUGCGCUACCAUUGUGUAAGCAGCUUCAGAGAAAUUACAUUGACUUAAAAGAAAUGGUUAAUUUGGCAAGUACUAGUAUGACUGUUCUUGAAAAUCUAAGAAAAAAUGUUCAAAGAAGCUCAGGUCAAACUAUUUGUCAUCAAAUAACAGCCUUAGUCCUGAAGGCUAUUACCGCGUAUCAAUUUGUAUUCCCUUCAUUGAAUCAUUCAUAUCACAAAUUAAUGAAAGAUUCUUGGCUCAUCAAAAUAUUUUUAAAGGGUUUCAAUGUUUGUUUGAUGACACUAAUUCAAAAGAUAUAA